AUGUCAGGAAUUGAAGUCGCAAAGGCAAGUCAAAAGGCGCUCGAGAAGAUUAUAUUAAACCCAAAAUAUGCGGAUUAUCUGGCUGUGUUGAAGGCUGCCCGCAAUGGCGCUGUGUAUGGCGCAAAGGUUCGAUUUCCGCAUGCGCUGGUUAUGAUAUUUCUCUUUCGGUCAGGCACUGUGCAGGAGAAACUGCGCCUCAUAUUUAAAGCAACCCGAACACACGCCCAAAAUCUAGCUAAAUAUGCCACGGUCUACAAGAUGACGAUGCUCCUCUUAAAACAUAUAGGUUCUCAGCCGGGGAAGGAAGGAGAUUUUGAUACCUUCUUUGCAGGCCUGUUAGGGGGUUAUAUCGUUUUUGGGAGGCGGUCAAAGAGAGGACAUAUUUCGUCUGUGAGCAAGCAGAUUGUUGUUUUUGUAUUUGCGCGUGUUUGCUUAUCACUCGCCGAGCUCUCCGUCAAGCCAGGCGUAGGCCUCAUCAAGAGCCCCGAGCUUUCGAAACGGAUAUCCCGCGAUGCAUGGCCUGCCUUUGCAGCAUUGAGUUGGGGUUCUAUCAUGUGGCUAUUCAGGUGGCAUCCUGACACGGUACAAUCUGGAUUGAAGAACAGCAUGGAAUACAUUUAUGUCCAGAGUGAUCAUUGGGAUAGCCUGAGGAACUUCUUGAUUUAUAAUAAAUAG